CAUCAGCAAAAUGACGGACGUGGAGGAAAACAUGCCCCUGAAGGACCCUGGCGAUGCAGAGAGCGGGCCCUGUAAGCCCGAAACCUCAGGACCGACCCGGCAAGACAUGAGCAGCCCCAAGAACCACCCUUUCAGUCUGAUAGAUACAGUUAGUGAUGUUUCCAAGCUGAGCAAGGAGAUUGGGAUGAAUCAUGAUUUCCACAUGGAAGAGAAGGUUUUGCCUCCAAGCAGUCUGGAAGGCAGGGUCGAGGAGACAAUGCACAAUGCCUUUUGGGAUCAUCUGGAAGAGCAAUUAUUAGCUACUCCUCCAGACUUCAGCUGUGCUCUUGAACUCCUAAAAGAAAUUAAAGAGAUCUUGCUGUCACUGCUAUUACCACGCCAGAACCGCCUAAGAAGUGAGAUUGAAGAAGGCCUGGACAUGAACCUCCUUAAGCAGGAAGCAGAACACGGAGCCCUGAAUGUCCCUCAUCUCUCUAAGUACAUUCUCAACAUGAUGACUCUGCUGUGUGCGCCAAUUCGAGAUGAAGCAGUGCAGAAACUAGAGAACAUCACAGACCCUGUUCGGUUACUGAGAGGAAUCUUCCAGGUUCUGGGCCUGAUGAAAAUGGACAUGGUGAACUACACUAUCCAGAGCCUUCAGCCCCAACUGCAGGAACAUUCCAUCCAGUGUGAACGAGCUAAAUUUCAGGAACUCCUCAACAAGCAGCCUAGCCACCUCGAUCACACUAUCAAGUGGCUGACCCGAGCGGCGGCAGACCUCUCCACGCCGCCGCCUAGCUGCCCUGACUCUCCCGACUCCUCCAGUGUGGUCUGCCCCUCUCCAAGUGAGGCAGCCAACAGCCCGGAGCCCCUCAACCCCAAAAUGGUGCUGUCCCAGGGCUUCCUGAACCUCCUCCUCUGGGACCCCGAAGAUGAAGAGUUCCCUGAGACCCUGCUGAUGGACAGAGCCCAGCUGCAGGAGCUGGAGGCCCAGCUGCGCCAGUUAACCAUCCUGGCCUCGGUCUUGCUAGUGGCCAGCAGCUUCUCUGGCAGUGUUCUGUUUGGCUCGCCUCAGUUUGUGGAUAAGCUGAAACGCAUAACCAAAGCCCUGAUGGAGGAGUUGAAGUCCAGGCCUGAGGAGGAGGCUAUGCUGACUGUGAGUGAACAGGUGUCUCAGGAAAUCCAUCAGAGCCUCCAGAACAUGGGCCUUGCUGCUCUGAGCAGCGACAACACAGCAUCGCUGAUAGGAGAGCUCCAGAACAUCACCAAGAAGGAGAACUGUGUCCACAGUGUCAUUGGUCAGCGGAUCCACUUGUUCCUCAAAUGCUGUUUGGUUCUUGGUGUGCAGCGGUCUCUGCUAGACCUCCCUGGAGGCCUUACCCUCAUUGAGGCAGAGCUGGCAGAACUGGGCCAAAAGUUUGUCAACUUAACGCACCACAAUCAGCAGGUGUUUGGCCCCUUCUACAUGGAGAUCUUAAAAACCCUCAUCCCCCCAGCCCAGGCACUGGAGACAGAAGUAGGGUCUCUCUGAUGACACUGGCUCCAAGCCCUGGUACCUUGGACUCAGGAGAGAAGCCCAUCAUUCUCUUGGGGUGACAUCACCAGUGACCAGCAGAGCAGCAAGCCCUCUCCGCGUCUGCAGCCAGUACACUACGCUGCAGUGACCAAGCAUGUAAAUACUGGCUGGUCCAAACUCAUUCACUAAUAAACUUCUGAACUGCAAG